AUGAAAGGUGGCUUUAUUCUGUUCGUUGUUUUGUUGGCCGUUUCUUUUCUUUUAGCCACGGCUAAAGAAGGGGAAACUUGCUUCUCAGAAACCCCUUACGAUUGUGAUGCUGGGGAAGUGUGCGAAUUGAAUGUGCCGAAGAAUUGCAUUGCUUGGGUUGGAUGUAUGGGACAUUGUGUCAAAGGGAAAUCCGAUGCCAUUCCAGUGCAUCCAAAAGCUCUUCCACGACUCAACAAGGCA